AUGCACUCUCAUAGAGGAGCGAACAGUGUCCUCACUCAGAGUCCCUGGAACCACGCAAAGAAUAGCCACUAUGACACGGUAUUUCAGUAUCUACAAGAUCACCCAAGCAUAGCCUCCACCCUAGCGAUCGCGAUACUCGUCUUCGUUGCCUUGACUCAGUCUGGAUCGAUUCCAGCCACGGUAGCUCGAGCAUUGUGGGACGUCAUCGUCUAUAUGACGCCUUCUCGAGUAGUCGCCGCCCUAGACAAAACCGCAAAUUCAACCCCGAUCGACGAAAGUGCCGGUCCGAUGACAUUCGAAGCUAAGAGCGAAGCGAUGAAACGGAUCCUCAGACUCGACAACUCCUCGCUUUCCUCCCUUAUCCCCCGAGCUCCAACACUCCCGGGCUUCGGCACUACACUCCUCGGCAACAAGGACAGUCUACCUCCGGGUCUGGGCAACUGGGACAACUCGUGCUACCAGAACAGUAUCAUACAAGGGUUCGCUUCGCUGAAGUCGCUAGCGACAUUUUUGGGACGGAACAUCGAUUUAUUCGGGGCAAAGGGAACAUUCUCGACACAUCAGGCGCUCAAGGGCAUCAUAGAACAGCUGAAUAGCCCCCACAGCUACGGGCAGCGAUUAUGGACUCCGGCGGAUUUGAAAUCGAUGAGCAGUUGGCAGCAACAAGACGCACAGGAAUAUUUUUCGAAGGUUAUCGAUCAGGUAGACUACGAGAUACAGCAGGCUACACGGAAACAGACCCGGAACCUCGGAUUGAAGGUGGCAAGCCCGCAAGAAAAUGUGAUCGGGGCUGGGUCUACGCAGGAAGCAAAUUUGGAUAAUUCCGUCGGGGCUCGGAUCGCCGAAAUACGCUCCUUCGGAAACCCAUUGGAAGGUCUGCUGGCACAGCGAGUGGGCUGCAUGCAAUGCGGUUGGACCGAGGGUCUAUCCCUUAUUCCAUUCAAUUGCCUAACGGUGCCACUUGGGGCGGGCUAUGAACACGAUGUUCGUGAUUGUCUCCAGGACUAUAUGGAUUUAGAGCCUAUUGAAGGGGUGGAGUGUGCGAAGUGUACUUUGUUGCACGCUCAAAAACAACUCCAGAAUUUACUUAAGCAGAUCGAGGAGGAUAAGUCGCUUUCGAACACACCCGAUUCACCUAGUGUAUCUGAAGCGCUGAAGAAUUCGGCGCAGGAACGAUUGCAGGCUGUCGAGGAGGCCCUCGAGGAGGAGGAUUUUGCGGAGAAGACUCUCUCUAAGAAAUGCAAUAUCCCUUCGAAGAACCGUGUUUCCUCCACGAAGUCCAGGCAAGCUGUGAUUGCAAGGCCGCCGAAAUGCCUUGUCGUUCACAUCAAUCGAAGCUUGUUUGAUGAAAUGACGGGAAUGCUUCGAAAGAAUUACGCCGCUCUGAAGUUCCCGAAGAUCCUUGAUAUGGGCGAGUGGUGCCUAGGAGCGGCUGCCGGUAGCGAAACGUGGGAGAUGGAUCCGAGAGAGUCGAUGCUCGCACAAGCCGCCAAGAUCGCGGACGCCCAUGGACAACUAUAUGAAUUACGAGCGGUAAUCACGCACUACGGCCGCCAUGAGAACGGUCACUAUAUCUGUUAUAGAAAGUACUCUUCAGAUGCAUUCCCGGCCGACGUUCCGGAGUCAGUCAUCGAGCAAGACGGUGAAAAGCAGACGACCGAGCGCUGGUUCCGGCUGAGUGACGAGGAUGUGCAGAUGGUCAGCGAGUCCAACGUUAUGGCGCAGGGAGGUGCCUUCAUGCUCUUUUAUGAAGCCGUGGAUCUAUCUUCUCUCCCCGCUGGAACUGACGAGCCAGAUUUUGCGGAGGUGGAGAACUCAGUACCUACCUCGGGUGCUGCCACGGAGGACAUGUCGACAACAUCGACGACCACCGACGACUCUCAAACAUCUCAAUCCACAAGCGUUUCCACGCCUGAGAAGGCAGGUCUUCCAGUCGAGAAUGCACGGCCUGUUCCGGACAUCGAUUGA